UCUAAACCUCUGCUUCCUUCUCUGAGCUGUGUUUUGGAGAUCUCAGCUCCACCACACACGCCCACACACGCACGCACGCACACACACACACACACACACACACACAUAUAACCGGAUAGUAUUCUCUUUAAAGACUUGUCCGGCUUUAAACAGUUUGAUCCGAAAUGUUUGGGGGAUUCAGGAUCUUAUAGGCCGCUCUGGAUCUCAAAGCUGGACCACCGAUUUUAUUACACAAGAGUAAUCUACCCCACGGUGGAGCACCCCACGUCCAAGAUGUCCCAGUCCUCCACCAGUGAUGAGGGUACGACAUUCGAGCACCUGUGGAGCAGCCUGGAACCAGACAGCACAUAUUUUGAGCUCCCUCAGACCAGUCAUCCAGACAGAGGUGCUUCAAACAACAUGCCCAACAACCGGGCCGAAGUGUGCAUGGACGUCUAUCAGAUGAGAGACUUGAAUGAUAGUGUCAUGUCUCAGUAUAGCUUGCUAAGCAGCAGUAUGGAGCAGGGAUUGGGGAACCGUGCGGCGUCCACCAGCCCCUACAGCUCCGAGACCGCCUCCAACGUGCCGACACCGUCGUCCUACUCGCAGCCCAACUCCACCUUUGAGGCCAUGUCUCCAGCUCCGGCGAUCCCCUCCAACACAGACUAUCCUGGGCCACAUGGUUUCGAGGUCACCUUCCAGCAGUCCAGCACCGCCAAGUCAGCCACCUGGACGUACUCUCCAUUGCUCAAGAAGCUGUACUGUCAGAUCGCUAAGACCUGCCCGAUUCAGGUGAAGCUUGCCUCAACUCCCCCACAUGGCAGCGUGGUACGAGCCAUGCCCAUCUACAAAAAGGCCGAGCAUGUGACCGAAGUGGUGAAGCGCUGCCCCAACCACGAGCUUGGACGGGACUUCAAUGAGAGUCAAUCAGCUCCAGCCAGCCAUUUAAUAAGAGUAGAGGGCAAUAAUUUGUGUCAGUAUGUGGACGACCCAGUAACAGGCAGACAGAGUGUGCUUGUGCCGUACGAAUCCCCGCAGGUGGGGACGGAAUUCACAACGAUUUUGUAUAAUUUCAUGUGUAACAGUAGCUGUGUUGGUGGAAUGAACCGCAGGCCUAUUCUCAUCAUCAUUACUCUGGAGACAAGAGAUGGUCAGGUGCUGGGUCGGCGCUCUUUUGAAGGCCGGAUAUGUGCAUGUCCAGGUCGAGAUCGCAAAGCAGACGAGGACCACUUUAGAGAACAGCAGGCACUGAACGAGAGCGUGGCCAAAAACGGCAACGCUAAUAAACGCAAUUUCAGACAGACGCCACCGAACAUUCCCGGGCCUCCCAUCAACAUCAAGAAGAGAAGACAUGGAGACGAGGAGAUGUACUACAUCCCGGUACGAGGCAGGGAGAACUUUGACAUCCUGAUGAAGAUAAAGGACAGUUUAGAGUUAGUGGAGCUGGUGCCACAGCAGUUAGUCGAUUCCUACAGACAACAGCAACAGCAGCUACUGCACAGACACGGUCAUGUGACCUCUCCGUCGCCCUACGGGACCCCGCUGAGCAACAUGAACAAGGUCCACAGCAACAUCAGCAAACUUCCGUCGGUCAACCAAAUAGUGGCGCAUCAGAGCCAUCAGAACGCAGGACCAUCUGGCAGCAUGGUACACAUGGGUGCGAACAUGCUGGGCGGCCACCACAUGCAGUCGAAUGGUGACGUGAACGGAGCUCACUCGGCCCAGUCUAUGGUGUCAGCGUCUCACUGCACCCCACCUCCACCCUACACCCCUGAUCCCAGCCUCAUCAGCUUCUUAACCAGCCUGGGCUGCCAAAACUGCAUCGACUACUUCACAUCGCAGGGCCUCCAGAGUGUGUACCACCUGCAGACCCUCUCCAUGGAGGAUCUUGGAGCUCUUAAGAUCCCAGAGCAGUUCCGGGUGGCUAUCUGGAGAGGCCUCCAGGACAUGAAGCAGGGACAUGAUUAUGGCCAGCAGCUUAUUCGAUCCAGCAGUAACAUGGCCACCAUGGCCAUUGGGCCCGGAGGCGAACUCCAGCGGCAGCGCGUAAUGGAGGCUGUGCACUUCCGCGUACGCCACACCAUCACCAUCCCCAACCGUGGCACCACAGCCGGUGCUGAUGAGUGGCCCGAUUUUGGCUUUGACAUGCCUGACUGCAAGACUCGGAAACACUCCAUUAAGGAAGAGUUUGCUGAGAGCGACAUGCGCUGAGAUAAGAUGUUACACUAAAUCAUUUGCAGAAACAUUGCAAUUUUUGCUGCUUUAUGAUUUUUUUUUUCUUCAUCAAACCGUUUAAAUCCUGAAAUGGACAGGUUUAUCUUUUUUGAUUUUAUUGUCUUUUUGUUUUUUUUUUUUCUUUUUUUUCAGUUUUUGGUUUCAGAAUCUUUUUUUUGAAUGACUGGCAAUUUUUUUAAUAUAAAUUCUAUAUACCACAACACAAUGUUGUGUAUACAUGUACAUAAUAACUCACUUUAUAAGACACAGAACACAUUUUAGGUCCAUGUUCUACCAACAGACUUCACAUUUGCACGUUUGAGUGAAUGUAGACAACCUAUACACAAAUCGCAACAAUCAUCAAACCACGAUGAUAGUUUUUUUCAGCAGCACCAUGUUAUGUCUAGAUAUCAAACAUUCUCUAAUGUGCAGUGGAAAUAACACUCAUAGCAAUUUAGUCAUAUUUUUAGAGUAGAAAUUUAAAGGGCUCCUAGUAAGAUAUAUCUGACUAUAAGGAUAAUUAUGUAAGUGUCAUACUGGAAAUAUAAAUUCGUGAGUAUUUCAAAAAGCAAAUCUGUCCGGGUUAAUGAGAUGAGAAAUGUGCAGCUCGGUUUAGCUCUAUGUCAAGAUUAUAAAUGAAAAUUGGUCUGGCGUUCUGCUCAUGUGAAACCUAGUAUUAAUGAGUGUUAUGUUGUUUACUUGGCAUUACAUGCAUAUUGCGAGACACUGGAACGUUACAUUCUCUUAAUUUUUGGUUUUGAGAAAAAAAAAAAAAAAGUCCCUAUAGCAGGUGGUAUUAGCCUUGCAGGACAAGGUGUUAUUUAUCAUGCCAAACCGUUUCUGUCAUUUUUAAGUGGAAAGGACUUAAACUGGCAGUACUAUUGGAACAACAUUGAAAAUAUUUGCCUCAUUAGACAUUUCUUCUCUGAGGUAAUUUAAUAAUGGCCAUGUUUUGUGCUUCAGUUUUUUUUUUUACACCGCAACAGACUGGAUUAUUAUAAUGUUCGUUAUAACGUUCAUUAGAUUAAUACAAUGGAGCAAAAUCGAUCCUUCUCAAGUUAAAGUUUUGCUAGCUGAAUAAUGAAAUACUUGCACUGCCACUGCAGUUACAUCGUUCAACACCGCCUUGUUUGUAAAUGUAUAGUAUUACUGUAUGUAGAGCUGAAAGUGAUAUUGGAUGGUACUUUUUUCUUACUGUUUUCCCCUUUUGUAUAUAACUUUUGAUUACAAAAGGCAGUUUGUAAGUCAUUUUCAAAUCUCGCAUCAUUUAGCCACUGGAAUGUAAUGGACAAAAUGGGCAAAUGCGUUCGUGAACAGUAAAGACUGAAAGAUAAUCUUCCUGAAUCUGUUUUCCUCAGUUAGCCUCAGACAAAAUCCACAUAAUAAAGCACUUUAUUGCUUUUUGUAUAUUGUAAACACUGUAAUAUUUUUUGAUUGAUUGUGAUCAGUAUUAUGUCAGGAUAUUCAUAAGAGAUUUUAUGAAUGUUUUUAAAGAUGUCUUUUCUUUCAAAAACAAAAAAAACAAAAACAUAAUGUAUAUUUUUGUUCAUAUCCACGUUCAUGAAAUAUGAUGUCUGUUUGAAUUGUGUAUGGUGAUUUUUUUAUUAUUAUUAUUAUUAAUAUUAAAGUGUGUAUUAUAGUA